AUGAAACGAUUGAACCAGCUUGAAACUACAAACUGUCGCAAGGAACUCAAACGGAUCGAAGAACAUGGUAAAGGGUUGCACGAUAUUCCAAAACAAAAUGAGUCAUUGCCUACAUAUAUUUGCUUUGGAAAAUAUAAGUUGGAAUUUAAGAAAACCAAUCAAGGAAUGAAAUUAGAGGACGAAUGUUUGGACUCUUUUCAUAAAUCAAAACGUCCUCCUGGACUUGGUGGUUCAUUCCGUUGUGGGGUUGAAUAUUCGGAAAUGAUUCCUCCAAAGUUGCAUGGAGAUUUUCAAGAAAGAUUUAUCAUUAAUAUUGUGCAAAUAAUGGAUGAGUAUUAUUUAUUGCUUUUUGAUCUUUGGAAAGAAUGUUGGAUAGAUCAAUCGAAGUCUAAACUAAUGCUAAAUGUUGUUGACGAGCCUGUAUUUGGAAUUUUCUUUUUUGAAAAUAAUUCUCCUUACUUUUUACUUCUUCACUCUUCAGAUAAUUCCGGUAUACGGGGUGAAAUAUUUGAGAUUGAUUUUGUUUCGAAAACAAUCACACCUUACAAACGAGUACAAGUGGAUAUACAUCACCAUGGUCAUUGUAACGCUGCUUAUAGUGAUUUUAUAAGAGUCCAUUCUACCUUGUUUAAUCUCGGAAGAGCUACAAAAUGUAAUGUGAAACAUGUUGAGAAAAUUACAUGUACAGAUCUUUCUAUAGAUUAUAUGAAAGUGUAUGGACAUUCAAUGCCUACCAUCAAUGGUUCUCUUUUAUGGGCCUACAAUGAAAAAGAACAGUGUGGAUGCAUUGUUUCAUAUGGUGGAUUGGCACAAUUUCAAUGUGACGGUCGUAUGAAGUGUAUUGCAAGCGAUAAUAUUGUUAGGGUCGAUUUCCAGAAAGAAACGGACACACAAGGUAUUUCCUAUCAAGUCGCUUGUUUGCCAUUUGAAAAUUGGAUUAAUGUACUCUCUUUUAGCCCUCCAGCAGCUCAAUGGAAUGCAGUGGGUUUGAUUGGAGGACAAUAUCUUGUAAGUCUUGGAGGUACAUACAAGGCCAUGAAAGUGGAGACUCGUAAUUUGUGUCUUUUCGAUUGUGAUCUUCAAACGUGGGUAGGAGUGUUAGAACCAGCUCAAGAUCGAUUGACCGGUAUUUAUUCAGAAGACGAGCAUGAAGAAUUGAUACGAGUAUUGAGAUUGAAUGGCAAGCUAUUUUAUUUGAAGCCUAGCAAUAAGCUCAUCUAUUUUGGAGGAACAAGAAGAUUCAUUUCAGCUUUCUAUGCUGAUUUACACUUGAUCCAAAAUUUGGGAUUUUAUGAAAUCAAGCUUCCUCCGUCUAUUCUUCGACCUUCAUUGGUUUUUACGUUCCCAUGGUCGAACUUUUAUGAUGUGGAAAUUAUGGUUCAAUGA